AUGAAUGGCAAAUUGGCCCUUCGAAAACUAAUAAUAUUAUUUACAUGUUGCCUUAUAAGUGUCAUAGCGCUAGACACCCCGCUAGAAAGGUUGAAAUUGCAAUUAAAUGCCAGACAGUUUCCCUUUUCUGGGAAUGAAGUGGUGGUUGAAACACCACUAAUUCCAGAUAGGAAUAGAGAUUACAAGGACCUCGACAAAUGCCCUCCGUGUUUCAAUUGCAUGUUGCCUAUGUUUGAAUGUAAGCAGUUUUCCACAUGUAAUGAAUAUAAUGGUCGCUGUGACUGUAUCGAUGGGUUUGCAGGAGAUGACUGCGCUCAACCCCUGUGUGGUGCUUUAUCAGAUGGUAACGGCAAUAGACCAAUACGUGAAAAUACUACAAACACAUGUGAUUGUUCUGAUGGUUGGAGCGGUAUCAACUGUAACAUAUGUGAAGAAGACUAUGUAUGUGAUUCCUUUAUGCCAGAUAAAUCCUUAAAAGGUACCUGCUACAAGAAUGGCAUGAUUGUUAAUAAAUUGCACCAAGCUUGUAAUGUGACAAAUACCAAGAUUAUACAAAUUUUGAAGGGUAAACCCCCACAAGUUACCUUUUCAUGUGAUAAGAAGGACGCUACUUGUAAUUUUCAAUUCUGGAUUGAACAAGUUGAAAGCUUCUACUGUGGCUUUGAUAAUUGUUCGUUCGAUUAUGAUUUACAACAAAAUACAUCACAUUAUUCAUGUAAAGAUGUCCAAUGUAAAUGUAUAUCAGGUACUACAUUAUGUGGAGCCAAAGGAUCCAUUGAUAUAGGCGAGUUUUUAACUGAAACAAUAGAGGGGCCAGGUGAUUUCACCUGCGAUCUAGACUCAAAAGACUGUAAGUUCAGUGAACCUUCCAUGAAUGAUUUAAUUCUUACUGUUUUCGGUGAUCCGUAUAUAACAUUAAGUUGUCAGUCUGGUGAGUGCUUGCACUACAGUGAAAUUCCCGGAUAUAAAGCGCCAUCAAAAGAAGCAAACAUGACUAUACGCGGAAAGAUAAUAUUAACUUUAACUUCCGUUUCUGUACUAGCAUUGGUUACUUUUGCUAUAUUUUAUAUUUCAAAUUCACCUCUUUUCAAAAACGGUUCUAUUCUACUUCAUGGGGCUGAUACAAAUUUGGCCUCGAAUAUUGAUGAACCAGAUAAUUUCCUAAAAAGUGACGUUCUGAGUACGUUAUCAUUUGAGAAUAUCUCCUACAGGGUACCAUCAUUGCAUGAUUCGAACAACCAUGAAAAUGUUUUGAAAAACGUCAGCGGUAUUGUAAAACCAGGCCAGAUGUUGGCUAUUAUGGGUGGUUCCGGAGCAGGUAAGACAACUUUGCUCGAUAUCUUAGCGAUGAAAAACAAAACAGGCAGUGUUCAAGGUAAUAUAAAGGUUAAUGGAUCAUCCAUCUCAAAAAAAGACUACUCUAAGGUUGUUGGUUUUGUAGACCAGGAUGACUAUCUUUUGCCAACUCUUACUGUUUAUGAAACAGUCUUGAACAGUGCUCUUCUGAAACUUCCUAGAUCGAUGUCCUUUGAGGCAAAGCGAUCUCGUGUUUACCAGGUGCUGGAAGAAUUGAGAAUCAUAGAUAUUAAAGAUCGCAUUAUUGGUAGUGACUUUAAAAGAGGUAUUAGUGGUGGUGAAAAAAGGCGUGUUUCUAUUGCAUGUGAAUUAGUCACUUCUCCAUUGAUUUUAUUUUUAGAUGAACCCACCUCUGGGUUGGAUGCAAAUAAUGCCAACAAUGUUGUUGAAUGUUUGGUAAGAUUAGCAAAAGCCUACAAUAGAACAUUGGUUUUAUCAAUUCAUCAACCAAGGUCAAAUAUUUUCAAUCUAUUUGAUAAACUUAUACUACUAAGUGAGGGUGAAAUGGUUUAUUCAGGUGACGUGAUAAGAGUUAAUGAAUUUUUGUUGAACAUUGGUUAUAAGUGUCCCUCAAAUUAUAAUAUUGCCGAUUACUUGAUUGAUAUUACGUUUAAGGCAAGCGAAAAAACUAUAUCUACUCUUACAGACGACCUAGAAUCUGGAAUCAAUACUGGUGAGACGUCGAUUGAGCAAAGACGUAAUAGAUUAUUGCAAGGAAGUGACACUUCUGGUUCUUUAAAUGGAUUGACUCAAAGAGAGUGGGAGCAUUUCGCUGUUCAUAGGGAUGAAAUCAGAACUUUAUUGAAUGAUGGAAAUGAUAACACUGUAAAUAAAGGAAUUCUACUCUCAGAACCACUGAAUAAAAAAUUCAAGGAAAGUACUUAUUAUGAAGCGUUAUCUAACGAAAUCAAAGAAGUUACAAACGAUCCGCGGAAUGAUUCGAAUUUCGUGCUUAAGAUACCUACGGGACAAAAAGCGGCAUCUUUCUUCCAACAGCUAUCUAUUUUGUCCUCGAGAGCUUUCAAAAAUAUUUAUAGGAAUCCAAAAUUGUUAUUGGCUAACUAUCUACUGACAAUAUUGUUGAGUUUAUUUUUGGGGACUUUAUAUUAUGAUGUUGCCAAUGAUAUUAGUGGAUUUCAAAAUAGAAUGGGUCUAUUUUUUUUCAUAUUGACGUAUUUUGGAUUUGUUACAUUUACUGGAUUAAGCUCUUUUGCCUUUGAAAGAAUUAUUUUCAUCAAAGAAAGGUCAAACAAUUACUACAGUCCACUGGCAUAUUAUAUUAGUAAAGUUAUUAGUGAUAUUUUGCCAUUAAGAAUAAUACCACCAGUUUUGAUGCUGUUAGUUGUAUAUCCAAUGGUUGGAUUAAACAUGCAAGAUGGUGCAUUUUUGAAAAGUGUUGGAAUUUUGAUACUGUUUAAUCUAGGUAUCUCGUUGGAAAUCUUAUCAAUUGGUAUUAUUUUCAAUGACCUCAAUAACUCGAUUAUAUUGAGCGUUCUGAUCUUACUGGGGUCUUUAUUGUUCAGUGGGUUAUUCAUCAAUACUAAGGAUAUUACCAAUAUUGCAUUCAAGUACUUGAAGAAUCUUUCGAUCUUUUACUAUGCGUAUGAGGCUUUACUAAUUAAUGAGGUUAAGACGUUGAUGCUAAGAGAAAAAAAGUACGGACUGAACAUUGAGGUUCCUGGUGCUACGAUUUUAAGUACCUUCGGAUUUUUAGUACAAAAUUUGACAUUUGAUAUCAGGAUUCUUGCACUUUUCAACCUAGUUUUUGUCACUGUCGGAUAUCUAGCAUUAAAAUGGAUUGUUGUUGAACAAAAGUAA